AUGAGUUUCGGAUACGCAGUCGGUGAUGUUGUCGCCGUGCUCGGCCUCCUUGAGCGGAUUGCGGUUGAAAUCCGCAACUACCAGGAUGCGCCUCAUCAUUUCCAGCAGCUCCGGGCCGAGCUUGACAUGCAUCGAACCACCAUCCAAGCCGUUCUCGGAAUGGAACCUGAAAGCGCAGAAUCCUUUGUAAUCAUCCAGCGGAUGCGCGCUGUAGCGUUCCAUUGUCGGCUGCCGCUGCAGCAGUUCAUCGACCGACUGCACGGCAAGGAGCGAGCACUUGGCCACUUUCGGACAAGGACCCUGGUUUCUAUCGGUACACGACUACAUUGGUCUAUGGUGGCCAGGAAGGAUGUGGAUGAGCUGAGGAACACUCUUCUCUCGGGAAUGCUAGCCAUUAGCGUCCUCCAGGGAAGACUCCAGGUGUUACAGAUUCAGAGACUGGGGCCAGAAAUCAGCCACGUCGCCAAAGUCCAGUCCCAACACCUCGCCGACUUCUCCCGCGAGAUGGACUUACUUCGAGCGACCGCCGAGAAGGCACCCCAGGUCGUUACGGAGUUGAAGUCGUCCAUCGAUCAAAACCGCCUGGAGACGACCGGCCAACUUGAGAAAAUCGACCAGAAGAUGGAGCUUGUCCAGUCCAACAUCAAGUUCAUAAGCGAGGGCUUCUGUGCGGUGAGAGAGUUCGGCCAGGGCCUUGGGAACAAGAUCACGGCAGCUUUGAGCCAGAUGUUUGCCCUGAUGGUGCAACUGCGGAAGCUGAUGCAACUAUCUCUUCUUCUUGACAUUCGGAGGGCCAUGAAUCGAAUAGCUCGGUCCAUAGAUGCCAUUCCGCUUCAUCUGAGCCUGGACCUUAUACGGUUCGACGAUGCGCUGGGAGAAAGCUGGGCUCUCCCGUUUCAGGCAUGCGCGGCAUGGAAGCCUUUCUGGGAGAUGCUUGAGCUCGUUGUCUUCGGCAACAACCGCCCAGGCUCGUCCCGAGUCGCGAUGGGUCAAUUUACGCUGAGGAUCGUCAACGGCUGUCGAGAUAUAUCAAUUGUGGACUGGGACACUUCAAUCCAACCCAACAUGCACAUCGAGCAGUGGAUGGUCGUACCGGAGCUUCCCACCGAGUCCAAAUCCUGCCCCUUUCCGGACUGUAGCGGAACACUUCCUACUGAUUUGGAGCCGCCUAGAGAGUUUAUAUGCUCGAAGUGCCGACGCGCAGCAGCGAUGAAAGAAAAGUAUGAGAAUGUAGUAGCUCUCUACGAACCUAUUACACUCUUCAACCCUCCCAACUCGCCUUUAACUGCGUACGAUUCGGAAAAGGCGACUCAAAGGACUGGACCACCAAAAUUGGGGAAAAUCAAGAGUUUGGAUGACGAAAUUGUGCUCUUCCGCAGAGUGCAAAGCUACAAAUCCGUCGAGCCCAUCGCUACGUGGGAAGAGGCACAGGCCAAUCUCCACGUAGACAAGAACAACGCGAGUGCGAACCAGUUCAUGGGCUGGCAUGCGCUAACCAUAGAGAAGGAUCCUGAAUCUGCCAUCCGAUAUCUACGUACGGCUUCUGAUUCGCAUGCUAAACAACUCGCCAACGCCUCGCAGUCGAACUACCUCCUAGGCCGGGCCUAUAUGGAAUUGGCUGACAUAGCUAAAGCGCAUGAAUUUUACCAGAAGGCUGUCUGGGGCGAUGGCAUAAAUCCUUCGUACUGGAUCUCGAUCGGGGUUCUGCAUUACGAAGUUGGCCAAUGGAGAGAAUCGCUAGAUGCCCUAGCUCUAUCUGCCGAGCUCAACAGCACGGCCUGGGAGGCUUGGAUGAAUUUGGGAAUACUGUAUGACACGACCCACCAAUUUGCCGACUCGAUGGACGCUUACGAGCGUUGUCUGAAGUUGAACCCAGAAGCUCGGCAUGCGAGGCGGAGACUGAUGGGAGCAACUCCGCCACCGGCCUUUGAUUCUAGAGAGUUCGGGAUGGUGGAACCUCCGCUGCGACAUGUCAACGAGGCAAUUCCCCUGGAUGGCCCUGGGAAUGACAUACACCUCAACCCGAUUCGACUGGACCACGACGAGGAAGAUUCUGAAUGGGAGACAGAUUCUGAACAGGAGACUUCAUCUGGCAUAGACACAGAAUUGCUUUCUUCAGACGAAGAAUGA